UACAAGAAGAAGAAGACCGCGCCGCUUUCCUCCAAUUACGGGCAUUCUGAAAAGUAUUUUCAAGUCCCUGUCUAUAUUCAAAAUAACGUAUUUGCGCGCGCAAAAGACGCGGAAUAUAAAACUGAAACUAAACUGGACCGUUAUACGUUUUGUCUUUGUAUUUUUGUCCACAUACAUUAAAAUGGCAGAAGCGAAUGUUUAUUUGGCUCAGGAUCAGUUCAUCUGUUCAAUCUGUCUGGAUCUACUAAAGGAUCCUGUGACUAUUAACUGUGGGCACAGUUACUGUAUGAGCUGUAUUACAGACUGCUGGGAUCAGGAUGAUAAGAAGAGAGACUACAGCUGCCCUCAGUGCAGACAGACCUUCAAUACAAGACCUGUUUUAGGUAAAAACACCAUGCUGGCUGAAGUGGUGGAGAAACUAAAGAAGACUAAACUACAAACUGCUCGUCCUGAUCAAUGUUAUGCUGAACCUGAAGAUGUGAAGUGUGACGUCUGUACUGAGAGAAAACACAAAGCUGUCAAGUCCUGUCUGGUGUGUCUGAACUCUUACUGUCAAAAUCACCUUGAACAACAUGAGAAAUUCUUCAGAGGCAAAAAGCACAACCUGAUAGAUGCCACUGGACGACUUCAGCAGAUGAUCUGCCCACAACAUGAAAAGCUGUUAGAGUUUUACUGUAAAACUGAUCGGCAAUGUAUAUGUCUAUGGUGUAUGGUGGGCAACCAUAAAUUUCACACAACUAUAUCAGCUAAAGAUGAGAGGACCGAGAAACAGAAACAACUGAAGGAAACACAGAGAAAAUACCAGGAGAUAAUCCUGGAGAGCGAGAAGAAGCUUCAGGAGCUGAGAGAUGCUGUGGAGACUCAUAAGCGCUCUGCACAGACAGCAGUGGACGACACUGAGAGGAUCUUUACUCAACUGAUCCGAUCCAUUGAGAGAAGACGAUCUGAGGUGACACAGCUGAUCAGAGAUCAGGAAAAGACUGCAGUGAGUGAAGCUGAAGCACUCUUGAAGCGACUGGAGCAGGAGAUUUAUGAUCUAACGAGAAGGGACGCUGAGCUGGAGCAAAUUUCCCACACAGAUGAUCACAUCCAUUUCAUCCAGAAUUUUCAGUCUCUCUCUGCUUCUCUUGGAUCUAUAGAUUCACUCAACAUCACUGUCAGUUCUCUCCUCUCUUAUGAUGAUGUAGUGAAAUCUGUUUCUCAUCUGAGGGAUAAAAUAGAGGAUUUGUGCAGAGAAGAGAGAGAACUGAUAUCCAAUAGAGUAAAGGUUAUUGAAAUCAUUCCCACCCCUGAACCCAAGACCAAGGAGCAGUUCCUACAAUAUUAUUGUCCGAUCACUGGAGAAGAAAACACAUCGUAUAAUUGUCUCCGUCUGUCUGAAGGGAACAGAGUGAUUACUCACACUUACACAGGCCAGCGGUAUCCUUACCAUCCAGACAGAUUUGAUGGUUGUUAUCAGGUGUUGUGUAAAGAGGGUGUGUGGGGACGCUGUUACUGGGAGGUUGAGUGGAGCGGUCAGGUGUAUAUAUCAGUGUCAUAUAAGAGCAUCAACAGGAAGGGAGGCCGUGAUGAUUGUAGGUUUGGAUUUAAUGAUCAGUCCUGGUGUUUGUGCUGCUCUGACUCCAGUUGUUCAUCCUUUCACAAUAACAUUGAGACUAAACUCCCAGUAGGGUCCAGAUCUUCUAGAAUAGGAGUUUAUGUGGAUCACAGUGCAGGAUCUCUGUCCUUCUACAGCGUCUCUGACACAAUGACCCUCAUCCACAGAGUCAACACCACAUUCACUCAACCUCUCUAUCCUGGGUUUUAUGUUUCUGGAAGAGUGAAACUGUGUGAUCUGACUAAAUAGAUGUCUGAACUGAAAACACCUUAAAAUAUAGCAGUACAAUUAGGGAUAGAUGAUAAUUUGCAUGUGAUUGUAAUUGCGCAUCUCGUCAGUGAAACCGAUUUCUUGAUUAGUAGUAAUUCGCCAUUAGCUGCUUUCAGAUGGAGUGGCAUUUACUACACAAAGCCGUAGUUCACUGACAGCUGGGGCAAUUUCGCAUUAAUCAUCGCGCACAUAUCGCCUGCGAUAUGUAUGCGAUAUGUCCCAGCUUGUCAUAGCAGGUGAUGUUACUAAUCAAGUAACCGGCUUUACUGACAAGAUGCGGAUGAUAUCGCAUGCAAAUUAUCGCCCAUCCCCAAGUAAAAUUUUUAUAACCUCAAGAUGCACACAAGUAAUGGUAUUUUUGUUAAAACUACAUAAAUGUUCUAAUAUAUCUAAGUAUAUCUAAUCCUUGCUUAAUCCAUACCCUGUCCGGGACACCUGCCUCAAUUGUUUUAUUAUUGUUAAUACUAAACUUCUGUCAAACAAGUAAAACACAUGUCUUAUAUCUAAGAAAUAAAUUGUCUCAGUUAAUCUAAUAAUAAUUUAAGAGAAGCAUAAUUGACAGUUACAAUACAAAUAGUAUUGCACUGUGUAUGUAUUUAGUUUUCACGUGCAUGAAAGUUCUUCUGAAAUAACUUUGGCCCAUUGUCUACAUUUACUGUGAAAAAGUAGCCUUUGAAGAGCUCAGAUAUAAACGCUGCUAAACGCCAUUUCUGCCAAAAAUCAGAUAAUGAUAACCGAAUGCUCUUGGCACCUAUUAUACGUUCAUCAAAUACUUUCACUUCAAAUAUGCUUAAUUCCAGGCUAUUCGGAAAUACUGCUUUGUUGGCAUCUAUUAAAUGCCACAACAAUUUUUUCUUAAAAAGUCCUCUAUGUUCACAGAAGAAGAAAUGAAUGGUCAAAGGUCAAGGUGCAAGAGUUUUUUGCCCAAUUAAAGGAGGUUUACUGAAUAUCCCUUACGAAAAAGAAAUGUAUUCAAGUGUGCUAUGAGUAUACUUCUUUACAUAUACCUGCAGCACACAAUGCAGACCUGCCAACCUGUACGCAUUUUGCGUAGCAGGUACUGAUUUUGACCUCAAAGUACGGUGGUACGAUUUGUCACUCAUAACUACGCAAAAACCUGAUGACGCCCUUUGCCCCGCGAAGUACUCAAAAGAAGCAACAGAAAAAAGAAAAAUAUGUCCAAUCAUAGCACUGGGCUCCUCCACCACAUAGAAAGUGGGGAUGAUUGACAAGUCUGGCCAAUCAGUAACAAGAGUCUGCUAUCGAUGGAAUCACAAACUCCAGCGUGAUCUCCUUCCUCCACCCGCAGUUUCUGACCAUCUUUUCUACGGAGAGUCAAGACGUCUGACCCGCCAAGGUAAACUGGUCAGGGUGGAUGUGCAAAUAAUGAAAUAAUGCAUUAGCUUAAUCCUAUGAAGUCGACGGUCGCGCGGGCUCCGUUUCAUAACGUGCACUUGACCGCAAGAUGCGCUAACAUUACUUCUGAUUUGUAAAUGGGCAUUAUUUAUAAUUGAGCGCUUACGAAAAAGUACAAUGAUUUUACCAUGGGGCAGAUCAGCCAGUUUUAGUCAAAUAAAAACGGAAAGUUCACUCUCAGUGAAGGGAAUCCACCUGACAUCCGAGUGAAGCGGUUAAAUGCGUUCUGAAAUAACGCGCUCUUGAUAAUUGUCAAUAAAAUAAAACGUCAUAUACAAACCACAUCAAAUAAAGUUUUAUAAAUGGAGAAUAUCUCGUGUCUCGAGCGCCCAUGUGAUAGGUGCCUAUGCCGUACUGUACUGCACUGUAAACAAAGCUACAACAAAUUACAGACAGACAUACAGUUAACAGCACUACUGUCACAGUUAUGGUUGAAUUUAAAGCAGUGUUAACUCUAAAAUAGUGUCUUAAAGGUAUAGUUAACAUAAAACAUGUAAUUCAGUCAUAGAUUACAUAACAGAACAGACCAUCCAAACCUUUAGGAGUUUAUUUAUUGUGUGGAACACAAGUUAUUUUAAAGAGUGUUGAUAACAACAGUGUCUGGUCCCCACUCCAUUGUAUUUUUUGCUAGUCAGGGAAAAACAACAAUUUUUUUCUCAAAAUUUUUUUUUGUGUGUGUUUCACUCAAGAAAGAAAUCAUGAAGGUUAGACACAAUAUGAGGUUGAGUAAAUGAUAACAGAAUGUAAUUUGUGGGUUAACCAUCUCCCACUAUUUAACAGUAAUAUCACUUUUAACAGUGUUUGUGCAGACAUGCUAAACUUUGGAGAAUACAGUAUUUAACAUUAAUAAUGUUAUUAAUCACCAUGUAUGGCAAAUUUAGUUAAACAUGAUUUUAUUCACAUUUAUUAUUAUUUUUAAAGCAGAUUAUGGCAGGAUGGGAAAAAAGUGAGUGCAAUGUGCAGCAUGUUACCUUGAAAGUUACCAAGAGGUGUGUGUGCGUGCAUGUGCGCGUGCAUGUGUUAAAUUAUGUUAAAAACCCGUGUUCUGUCCUUUCGGCCGAUGCUACUGUACUGUUUAAAAAAAAUUUUCCAAGGUUGGCAGGUCUGCACAAUGAAUAACCUACUAGUUUACUUAGAGUUCACUAACAAAACAUUUGCAUGUACACUUGAAGUAUAAGUCUAGCAAACUACUAGUAUACUCAUGAGUUCACUUACAGUACAAAUGAAGAACGUACUUGGGCACUUAAAGUUGACUACUCUUACACUUAUAGUACACUAGAAGUAUACUUUUAUAUACAAAAAAAUGGGCCAAUUUGGGCUGCGUCCAAAUAACCACACUUGCGGUCUUUGCACUUGACCGCUUGAAUAUUUACAUGAUGUAUUUCCUAUAUUUUGCCCAAGUGUUCUAGUGGGCGUGAAGAUCCCAAGCGUGCAUGUAAAAAUUAUUCACCUGAUGGGAACAUUUUCCGUUUUACUACCAAAAUAUGUAAAAUCCAUUUAUUUACUUACAAUUAAAAGUUUCCACAACAUCUCGCAAGAUUUGGGCAAAAGUCUCAUGAUAUACAUCCUGAACGUGAUGCAUGACGGGAUACGCUUAGCCUUGAAUACCGCUUCGAAGCGGUAUUCGAGAAAGUGUGGGUUUAGUGUGCGUUAAGGGCACUGCACUUUGCCAGUUUUAAGACAUGGGACAGUCUUGCGCACUUACUUCCUGUCGCGUGCACGUGCUCUCAAGUGGCCAAGACCGCAAGUGUGGUUAUUUGGAUGCAGCCUUAAGCCGCCUUUCCACUGCACACGACAUACGCAAACGACAGUCGGAGUUCUCCCCCUAGUGGCAGUCGUAAUGAAGUUUCAGUUUAAUCGUAUAUGGGAGGGAAGCUCAUUCCAGCGCAAGAGGCUUCAUUCUAAUAUUUUUUACCAUGGUGGAAUAAAUAAAUGAACGCAAAUGAAUGAAACAAUAAACAGCUAUUCAUAUAUGACAAAGAUUGCCAAUAUUUUUUUGAGAGAACAUAUAAAGACAAGAUUAAAAUAAUUACAUACACAAAUUAAAUUAAUAAUGUAUUUAUUAUCAGUAAUCAAUAGUGUUUUUUUUAAGGAUUCAAGUGUAACUAAUAAAGUUAAACCAAAAGGAUUAAUCAUUUUCACCUCACACACAGUUUGUGAUUGGAAUACAAUGAAAUACAUAACUUCCGGUCGGCAUAUCGCAUGCGGUUUAGUCGCACAAGUUCAAAUUUUUUAACGCAUCCAACCGUCAAAACGGAUCCGAUAUUUACGCAUCCGCAGAUGGUUGGCACCUCACGCAUCCGCUUUGCGACUUUCCAUAGGAAAUGAAUGACUUCCGGCUUAUCGGCCGUCGUUUGUCGUGUGCAGUGGAAAGGCGGCUUUAGUCCCAAGUGGUAUUCAAGUUUACUACUAGAACAUAGAUGUUAGUACACUUACUACAUAAAGUAUACUAAAACUAUACUCCAACAUUACUUAAGUUAAGUAUACUUAAUAAAAUUAACUUGAAGUACUACUUUUUCAUAAGGGAUAUUAGUAUAUUGACUUCAUUUUUAAGACUUUUACCUUAAUUCAGAAAGGAAAUUGAAGAGUGACUAAAGGCUUUUUUAUAAAGGAAGAUUUUUGCAUGUACAGUAGAGGGUUUGGUGGUGAAAGACACUCAAAUUGGUUAAAAAAUGAAAAAAAUGACUAAAGUGACAUUUGUGAAAAUAAGGUAUUUCAAUUACUGACUAAUAAACUUUUCAUUAGCAUUAAAGUGAAUGAACCUAAACAUAAGAGCCUGAGAAAAAAAUGCUCACUUCUCUUUAGUAUAUCAGCGAACACAACUUUUUAAGUUUUAACUUUUUAUCACUCAUUCUCUCUCUCUAACUUGUGACUCUGUGUAUCGUUCUGUAGUUUUACUCAAUAAAGUCUCUCAUUUAUUCUUGUCUUUAUUGUUUGAUUCUUGAUUUAUCCUCAGAUGUAGGUGAAUGUAACAGCUUGACAAACACAACUGUAGAUCAGUACGCAAUACAGAUUUUGAUGAUAUUGAGCUUCUAGUGUCGCACUGCAAUAUUACAGCAUCUGAAACUCAGUUUGUGUCUGUAUGAUGCUGUCACAUUCUGGAUAUAUUUAUUUUCUC